GACUGGAGGGACGGCGCGCUAGUGGGAGCUCACCUGCGGGAACGCAAGGGAGGGCACGCGACUCGUGGGAACGCACCUGUGGGAGCGCGCAUUAGAAGGAGCGCACCGGGCGAACCGGAAGGGGAGCGCGGCAGGAGGCGUUCGCAAGGGACGCCGGGAGUCUCUGUGUUUAGCGGCGCCCGACAGGGAAACUUCCUUAGCUUUGCAGUUGCCCAAGGUUAGGCUCCGCCGGCUCUCGCAGGGGCGGGUUGUGGUUUGCAGGAGAUGCUAAGGUAGGUUGCUGGCAGUCGAAUAUUCAGACUUAAUUGACCUUAUUUAUGGAAGCUUCGAAGGCACUUGGGUUAUAGUCAGCUCUCCACCUUGCGCAGCGGGGUAGACCACAGCCUCGCAGCCUGCCUUCAUACUUGUUUAUAAAGAAGAUUUAUAUUGAGCUCCGUAGGAACCUUGGUGUCCGACCACGGUCUGCAAAGCUUUACAGCCUUCAGGUAAUAAUCUUCAGUAGUCAAGAUGUCUUCAGCACCGGAUCCUCCAACAGUUAAAAAAGAACCACCAAAAGAGAGAAACUUUGAAAACCCAGGCCUCCGAGGGACGCACACAACAACCUUGUUUCGAGCUGUGAAUCCUGAGCUCUUCAUUAAACCUAACAAACCUGUGAUGGCUUUUGGAUUGGUAGCCCUUUCACUCUGUGUGGCUUACAUUGGUUAUCUGCAUGCAACGCAAGAGAACAAAAAGGACCUCUAUGAAGCCAUUGACAGUGAAGGGCAUCGGUACAUGAGGAGAAAAACAUCCAAGUGGGACUAAAAAACAUCCAAGUGCUGCUUCCUUCAGACGGACCCUUAUCUCAGGCUCUGGCACCUUUAGAGGAAAGACCAUUGGUGCAUGGAAUUAUGGUUUUUGUUCCAUAAUAUGUUAAAAAGGAAGAAUAUACAAUUGAAAGCAAUCCACUGUGCUAAGUUUAGUCUCGUUACAGCUGAAGCUAUUAAAGUCUGUAUAAUAAAAGUACUCAGUACUGUUAAAUUUGCAUGGCAUUUCUAAUAUUUUAAAGUGAAUUGUGCCUUUACUGUUUAGUAGAGAAGGUAGCCCCUUCAGCUACUGAAAUCAUGAUUAAAUGAAAGAAUAAAA